AUGGCCAGCCAACCCCUGAAGAACAGUCUCUUCUCUACCCUCUUUUUGGUAUCAGCGGCCAUAACGUUCUCGAGUUUUUGGCAGAUGGCAAGAUCGGACGAACCUUGCACGUACCCCUGCUACCCACCACCCACUGGCACCGGAGGAACUCCCUCUACCCCAACUCCUGUUGUCCCGACGCCACCUUCUCAGAGUGGCUCGUACUACCCACCUCCGGGUUACAAUAAUCCCACGCCUCCAGCAGGCUAUUUUCCAUACAACCCACCCACAAACGGUGGUGGUUUCUAUGUUCCGCCGCCUCCUGACCCGAUAUUACCUUAUUUCCCGUUCUACUACAAAGAGGCUGUUCACGGCUCCUCAGCACUGGCUAGUACUCUUCAAGCAUCGACUGUCGUAAUUGUGAUGUUCACUAGCACUCUUGUGUUUCUUGUUACAUGUAACUUUUAUCCGAGGUAG